GAUUCUGACAGAAGUUACCAAUAGGUGAGGGCUUGAUUUGGAGAGGCGGGUUUUCGGGUACGUCGAGUCUGUCUAUGCUUUGCCUACAUCGGUGGUAUUGGAAGACGCUUGGCUUCUAGACAAUCUGGUCUUUACUGAUUUCAUCGUCCAAACGAGUAUCGUCUUUGAUGCUGUAUAUCAUCGAACGACAGAUGGCUACCCGAAGAAGCACGUUUGGCGUUCUCGGUUGUCUUUCUGUGGGAGAGAUUUUGCCGAGAACUGGCACUGGUUCUGUCGCUGAGAAUGAGGGAACAAACAUGUCGGAGUACUCGAUACCCUAUGUCAUGGGCGGAUGUAUUGAAGCUUUCACCAUAGCGUUCAUGAUCUACGGAGUUACUAUGUCGCAGGCGAAUUUCUAUAUGCAGCGUUGCGAUCGGGAUCCCAGUUGGAUGAAGUGGCUAGCAGUUCUCGCCAUUGUUAACCCUAGCAGUCUUGGUGUCAUAGACUGGGGUGUACCAGUGUCUAUAGUACUAGACCUGAUAAUCGAGACCGCCACUGAAGGAUUCUAUAUUCAUCGCCUGUGGACAUACAGCAAGAAUAUAUAUCUCACUGCUGGGGUGCUUGUCCUUCUAGCGUCACGUAUUGCUGGGCUCAUAUAUGAAACGAUUGGAACUGAAGUACCUACGUGGGCAAUCUUUGAAAGUCGAAAUUCUCUCCGGGCCGUCUUCAUAUUUACGAUGUCCGCCAGUAUUCUGCUGGAUGGAAUUUUGGCCGCAGGCAUGGUGUAUUAUCUUCGCCGCGGUCGUAAAGAGGCCCAAAUCAAGAGAACGCGGGAUAUUGUAAGAUGGCUGAUGGUCUACGCUGUCAAUACGGGCGGAACUCUUGUGGCCAUGACCAUUGUUGUCCUAGUAACGUAUCUCGCCGUCCCUGGAAGCCUGAUGUUCGCUGGUAUGUUCAAUAUUUUGACCAAACUCUACGCAAAUUCUCUCUUUGGAGCGUUAAAUUCAAAACAUAACCUUCGCGAGAAGAUGAAAAAUCCGGUCAUUCUAGGCAGCGGAGAGUUUGAAAGCGCCGCCUCAGAUUCAUAUAGAAUGCGAGAGCUUCGAGUCAGGGUCGCGACAGAGACGUCGAAGGCGUUCGAUCAACUGGAGCCAAUGGGAGCGGACGAGGCGGACGAGGCACCAUCGCGAAUACAUCAAAACGAUAAGACAGUUUCUGUUGCGUAGUCUGCCAAGCAGUCGCACACAUUGGAGUAACUAUUAUUUUGUGUAUAUAUUCAGACCUCGACGUAUAUCAGUAGUAGGGCAAUCCUCGAGAGCAUUUAUGUAAUGUCAGUUGUGAGCAUGUUAGCUUGCAGGAAUCAACAUACCUUUCUCAG